AUGCGCGCCCCGGUGCUCCUGACGCUUUGGGCAGCUGUGCUUCUCCCGGUUGUGGCCGAGGAGAGGGCAGCCACCACGUCCACCGCUAGUACGAGCAGUACACCCUCUACGAAUACGCCAGAACACCGGCGCCGGAAAUCGCGGAAUACGCUGUUGGCUCAAAGCCACGAUGACACAGAUUCUGGAUCGCAGAAUAAUUCUGGGGAUAUUGAGAGCUACUAUUGGAAGCUCUAUAUGCAAAACAAUAUAAUCCUGAACCAACUGCGGGAACGAUAUCGGGAGGAGAAUGAACUAUUCCCACGAGGCCAUGAUCAGUCAUCCCCGGCUGUGAUCGAAACACCAGCUUGGCUAGAAGAAGAGACCGGAUGUACCAGCGAUAAAAAUAUUAUCGAAAAACUGCAAGCAAGCUAUAAAUCUUUCAAAACGCCUAGUGAGACGGGAGUUGAUGUAUGGAUUGAGGUCUGGGUCCAAGAAGUGAAUGCCGUCAAUGAAUUGGCAUCCGAUUUUGACAUGGAUAUUUAUGUCACCGAAUUAUGGAUCGAUCAAGCUUUGAAAUACGAUCAUUUAAAUCCAUGCAAAUUCAAUUUAUCCUUAAAUUCCGAGAUUCUCGAUAAAAUCUGGAAGCCAAAUACCGUAUUCAUCAACAGGUGCAGGUCCGUGGCCCUUGUGCUAUGGAUUUUAGUUCAUUUCCCAUGGACCAGCAGGGAUGCUAUU